UUCUGUUUUGUUGCAAAUGGCCUUUUUGUUGCAGCUGGCUUUAUAAAGUCACCUCUGUCUGAAGUAAAGCUAAUGGAAGACGAUGUAGAAUUGAACUGUGAGGUAAUUGGAAAGCCCACACCUGAAAUUCAGUGGUGGGGCACAGAGGGCAAUGAUUCAGAGGUAAUGUCACAGCUCUACGAUGGUGCACGGCAACAGCGAGUCAAAAUCAACUCCAGUUAUAACAUUGAUGCCAAGAGCUCCAUCAAGAUAAUGAAUCUAAGUAUCGAGGACACUGGUAUAUAUGAAUGCAGAGCCAGUAAUGAUCCCUACCGUAAUGAUUUACAGAAGAGUCCAAAAGUCAAGUGGAUACGGUCUCAGGCGACGUUAAUAGUCAUUGAACACCCAAUAAUUGUUGUGGAUCCUCCUUUCUUGGAGCCAGGGGAAAAUUUACCAGAAACUGUACUUCGCUGCAACCUGACAAAUCCGCCCUCUCCUAUUGAGGGGCAUGUGUGGAAAAAGGAUGGCAUGAAUAUCUCUGCCACCAGUAACAGUGGGAAUUCAACAAUUAUGGAAUACAAACUGACUGCUGUUGAUGCAAAAUAUUCAGGAGAGUACAGCUGCCAUUACUUCACUAUACCUGUUAUCAACGGUAGUAUCUAUGUGAAAGCUGCACCUGGUGUAAGCAGUGACAAGAAAUCUGAACAUGGAAACGAAGGUGAUAUUGGAGUGCUCACGUGCAAAAGCAGCGGGUAUCCACCAGUUGAUAGCUGGUUGUGGUCUCGAAAGACUGAUCAGAGUGAUGAGGUAAUUGCCAAUAAAACAAUGAAAUUUGAAAUCAGGAGUACAUCACAUGAGACACAGUUGCGCAUCCAUUCUCUGAAUAUUAAGGAAGACCAAGGAGAUUAUGUUUGUAAUGCAACCAAUGAGGUUGGCACACGAGCGGUGACUAUUCACCUUCGAGUUCGUGGUCGUUUCGCUGCUUUCUGGCCCUUUUUGGGAAUUGUUGCAGAGGUGAUUGUGCUUGUUGCAAUUAUCUUCAUUUAUGAGAAAAGGAGAAAGCCUGAUGAAAUUUCAGAUGAUGAUGAACAAGGAUCUGCACCCUUGAAAAGUAAUGCAUCCUUGAAUCAUAAGGAUAAAAAUAUCAGACAGCGAAACUCCAACUGAUUUGGUUUCGUCCUUCAGGAAAGGAAGAAGCCUACACAAAAUAAGCAAAACUACAGAAUGGAUGAGUUUUGUAGAUGUCACAGAGAAUGUCAUCUUCAACACGAUUAAAGUAUUGAUGAUUCGGAUCCUAAAGUAUUUGGAUUUCUACAGAUUAAUUAAAAUUUAACUGCUGAUGUCUUUCAGCCUACUGUAAGAUGCCAUUGGCACUAGCAGUCAAUUGGUUAAAGGGACAGUAUAUCAUUUAGGCCUAUUUCACCUGUAUAAACUGGACUAAAAUGCUUCUGGUAACAAUUUUGCUUUUACUUAGACAGAAAUCUGUUUUCUGUUAUGUAUAAAUGAUUAAUAUUAGUUCAGUUCUAUAAAUUACAGAUUAUUGUAAUUGAUUUGAUACAGCUGGAAUUUAUGAAUGCAAAUGCUUCACCCUUCAACUUUUGAAAUGUAGUCCAAUAGGUGUGCUGUCUCAGUUCUGCAUGCUUAGAGUGAAAAUUGGCUUCUGCAUUUCAUAGUACGAUGCUGUUCUAAUGUUUUCAGGUUGUUCCUGUUAUUGCAGUGGUACUUCACGAAGAAAAUGUUGUUUUGGUAUUUAAAUAUAAUGCUUGUGGGAGUCCUCCAUUAAACAAGUUUAUCAUGAAUAGAGACUUUUUAAAAUGACAGGAUAAUACUAUAGACCACGACUUUAUAAUUACAUUUAACAAGAUGGGGAAUGUAUUUCUCAUAUGAAAACAGGGUAGUAUGGCGAUUAAAAUCAAAGUAAUGAACAUAAUAGUAUUUAAGCCUCACUGUGAGCUUCCUGGUACUGGUUUUAUUGUUAGUCUGUGGAGUUUACCUGAAUCAGGCAAAAAUCUAAUGAAUAUGUUUAAAUCAAGACCCUAUUGUCCAAAUAGAGCUCAUGUACCACAAACAUUGCUCACUAAUAUACAGUAGUUGCAAGCUGUCGGAAGUUGGUGAAAAAUAAUUUUGUAGGACCUGAAUAUGCAAGACUUCUCCCAGACUUCAUAAUACUUUUGCUUUGGACUUGAACCACCAAAGUUCGCCUUCUCCGAAUCCAGCAAUCUAUUUGGAGUGAAUGUGUUGCUGGUUCUAAUUAACUUGGGUCUACAAAUUCUGCUGUCUUCCACCCAAUGAUUGAACAAUCUAAGAGACUCACUUUGUAGCACUGGUUUCCCUUGAGACAUUUCUAGGUCAUGGAGGCACUGUAAAAUAUACCAGAGUUAUUACUUGCAAAUGUUUUUUGUCAUUGAGCUUAAAAUGUUUGUCAUCUCCCACUCCUCAGUAUUGUUGGUAUGAUUGUGUACUAUGUUAUCUCUAGAGUAAGUUAUUUUCUUGUUUUAUGGACUGCGAUUCCCAAUAGACUGCAGCUAAUAUAUUUAUAGCACAGUUUUGCUACUGUCCAGUUAGUCGUAAUAUCUGAUGGAGUUUGAUUUGCCAAUAUUUUGUUGUCCUUUUGUCCAGGAAAGAAAAGGCCCAAUUAAUAUGGUGGUCAUUUUGUUGUUUUGUGAUUUUUCACCUUUUUAUCCUUCAAAAUAUGCCCUUCUGAAGGAUCAACUUUGUUUGAAGUUUGAAAUCAUUCUACUUGAGUCACACUUGUUCCAUAAAUAAUUUCUUUAAAAAUGAUAGACUAAAUAUGAUUAUUGAGAAUUAACCUUUGAUUGAAAUCCUUGAGAGUGAGAAACCCUGAGAAAUGUGUUUGAUUUGGAUUAUACCAUUUUGUAUAAAUGUGGGCUGGUUUAUGGUAUUUGGCCAUUACACUGUACUAAUGUUUGGUCGUGUUACAUGUAAUGCACUAACUUUUGUGCUGAAUCUGUACUGCUAAAGUAUAAUAAUUCUUUAAAAAUGAAACUUGAUAACUUUUUCAUGUUGCCACACCAUCUUAGCAGAAUGUGAUACUGAUGUCAGAAUUUGCAUCAAUAAAAAUUCCUUUGAUUUUA